GGCUUCUCUUUUUCCACAAAGAGGCUCGUCUCGACGUCUUCUUCGCUCUCACUCUCGAGCCCUAAAACCAGAAAAACCCUGACCGUUGAUCAGCCAUGGCGGACCAAGAGCUCGAUCCCUCAACCCCUUCAUCUCUUUACAUACUCUCAGCUUUCCUUGCCAUGGAGCCCGCUGAAUCCUUGGUCGCCUUUGCCCGGGUAUGCGGUGAAGGAUCCGUUACUGAGAAAGUACAGAGGUUCAUAUGGGACUAUUGCCUGAGCAAAGCAGAUGGAAAAUCUCAUGCGCCUUACGUGAGGAAUUUUCUAAAGAAGCUUAUAACUGAAGUUGAGCUGAACCAUGGUGUUGUUUUGGAUGAAUUAUAUGAACAAUAUGCUUAUUACAUGACAUCAUUGAAGGAUGAUAAUUUGGUGAAAGGAAAUGCAAGGGUCUGCAAAUUCAUUUCAUUUCUUUUUCCUGAUGGUUGUUCUGAGCUUCCAAGUUGUCCUAACUCAAGGAAAUUGGUUUUCCCACUACAAUGUUCCCUCAACAUGCUCAAAGGAGAUACUGGAUGUUCAGUUUGGCCCUCGAGUCUUUUUUUGUCAGAAUUCAUACUUUCUUUUCCUGAAUUAGUCUCUAAUAAAUCCUGUUUUGAGGUUGGUUCAGGUGUUGGUUUGGUUGGCAUUUGUCUUGCCCAUGUGAAAGCCUCAAAGAUCGUAUUAAGUGAUGGUGACCUGUUAACAUUAAUGAACAUGAAGCGUAAUUUGGAGUACAAUAAUUUGAACAUUGGAACUGCUGGUCCAGGAAGAGUUACUGACGGUCUAAAUAUGGUAAAAUGCAUUCAUCUGCCAUGGGAAUCUGCAUCCGAAAGCGGGCUUCAAGACUUAAGGCCUGAUGUUAUUUUGGGUGCAGAUGUAAUAUAUGAUCCUGUAUGCCUCCCGCAUCUUGUUCGCCUACUUACAAUUCUUUUGACCCAGAAGAAAUCAUACUCCCAGAAGCAGAAUGACAGUAGGCAGGGCUCUUUGUCAGAUAGUAUUUCUGUUGGCGAUGGAUUUGAUGCUUGUGGAGGCAAAACAAUUUGGGAUAGCACUUCAACUUGUGGGGCAAGGGAAGGACCAUUGGCUUAUAUUGCUUUUGUUAUUCGCAACGUUGACACAUUCAAUCAGUUUCUUUAUCUGGUAGACCAAGCCAACAUCACUAUUACAGACCUAACUGAAACGCUCAAACCCAUCAAUUUACUUCCUUACAUGCAGUCAUAUGAUAGAUCCAAUGUAAGACUACUUGUUCUGUCUAGUAGUUCACUUAUAUCCCAUUAUCAAGAUAUGGCAGAACAAAAGGAAGAGAUGGAGGUGGAGGUGAUUCACUCAUGGUCCGCUCCGAGAUCCCUCAGUACCGGUCUCAUGUAUUCUUUUGCUCAGAGAGAUGACAUGGAAGUGCUUGAUGAACCCCUAUAUGCACAUUUCCUGCGGGUUACUGGCAUUGAUAGGCCCUACAGGGAGGAGCUACUCUCCAAAGUGGAAUCAGAUGGAAAUAAGGCUGUCAAAGAGGUCAUCUUUGGCCCAGGAAGAAAGAAGUAUCGAUUUUGUAAGCAUAUUGCGAAACAACACCUCUCUGGUUUGCCAAGUGAUUUGAUGAAGAAAGGAAAGCACUUUAUACUGAUCCGAAAUCCUCUUGAUAUUUUGCCAUCCUUUGACAAAGUAGUGCCUCCGUCAUUUCGUGAGUUAGGUUUGGCAGAACUAGUCUCCAUAUACAAUGAGCUCUCGGAGUUGGGAAAGGCCCCACAUAUCAUUGAUGCAGCAGAUCUUCAGCGUGAUCCUGAGGCUACUUUGCGUGGUCUUUGUGAUGACUUGGAUAUUCCCUUUCAAGAAGCGAUGCUCAAAUGGGAAGCUGGUCCAAAACCAGUAGAUGGCAUUUGGGCACCAUGGUGGUAUAAAAGUGUACAUAAAUCAACAGGUUUUCAAGCAGCAAAAAAAUAUCCUGCGACUUUUCCUUUUUCUCUACAUGGCUUGCUGGAGCAAAGUCUACCCUUGUACAACAUGCUUAAGCGCCAUGUGAAGCAGACAUCAUCCCUUCUAAAGCUCCCCUUGCCUCCUCCUGAUCUUCCGGUUCCUGCAAACGAGAAGCUGCUUGCAUGGGUUGGUGAUGAGAUUUUAACCCGUGACAGUGCAAAGGUUUCUGUCUUUGACUCAGUUGUCCAAGGCGGUGAUUCUGUUUGGGAGGGUCUUCGAGUUUACAGUAGGAAGAUAUUUAAGCUUGAUGAGCAUUUAGACAGGUUGUUUGACUCGGCAAAGGCUUUGGCUUUCAACAAUGUCCCUACUCGAGAAGAGGUCAAGGAAGCCAUCUUUGCAACUCUCAUUAGGAAUGGAAUGUUUGAUAAUGCACACAUCCGGCUAUCUCUAACUCGUGGCAAGAAGGUUACUUCUGGCAUGAGUCCGGCAUUCAAUCUUUAUGGUUGCACCUUAAUUGUGCUACCUGAAUGGACCCCUGUCUAUGAUAAUACCCAUGGUAUAAUGCUGGUGACUGCUACCACGCGUCGGAAUUCGCCGAAUAAUCUGGAUUCAAAGAUUCACCACAACAACCUCCUCAAUAACAUACUCGCAAAGAUAGAAGGCAAUAAUGCAAAGGCUGACGAUGCGAUCAUGCUUGACAAGGAUGGUUAUGUCUCCGAAACAAAUGCUACAAAUAUUUUUUUAGUGAAGAAAGGUCGGGUUCUGACGCCCCAUGCUGAUUAUUGCCUUCCUGGCAUUACUCGAGCAACUGUCAUGGACCUUGUGAUAAAGGAAAAGUUCGUCUUAGAGGAGAGAAGAAUCAGCCUAUCAGAGUUCCACACUGCAGAUGAGGUAUGGACGACAGGUACGAUGGGAGAACUCACCCCGGUGGUAAAGAUUGAUGGCCGCAUCAUUGGUGAUGGAGAAGUUGGGCCUGUGACUCUAAGAUUGCAAGAUGCUUACAAAAAACUGACAGAAGAGUCAGGAGUGCCAAUACCGGCCUAUAAUGAGACUGGAUAGUUGAUACUAUGUUGUCAGAAGUGUGGGAGUCAUGGCCGGAAAUUGAAA